GAACUCCAACAGCAAAAACGACCGGAGGAACCGCAAGUUCAAGGAGGCUGAGCGGCUCUUCAGCAAGUCCUCGGUCACCUCGGCAGCGGCAGUCAGUGCAUUAGCUGGAGUUCAGGACCAGCUCAUUGAGAAGCGGGAGCCGGGCAGCGGCACAGAAAGUGACACUUCUCCAGACUUUCACAAUCAGGAGAAUGAGCCCAACCAGGAGGAUGCUGAAGAGCUGGAUGGGUCUGUGCAGGGGGUGAAACCCCAGAAAGCUGCUUCUUCUACUUCUUCUGGGAGCCACCACAGCAGCCACAAAAAACGGAAGAACAAAAAUCGACACAGCCCGUCUGGCAUGUUUGAUUAUGACUUUGAGAUUGAUCUCAAGUUAAACAAAAAGCCAAGAGCC